GCGAAGGAGCGGUUGCGUGUAACCCAUCCAUACCGUCAUGCGGAUGGUAUUCGGUAACGGUGGCUUGGUACGGGCUAAAACGACUAGGCUAGAAGCACGAACCCCUGAGGGCUGCACUGCAUGACGUGACGAACCACUGUCCCCCUCGGGCGGCUGAUUGGCCGGCCAAAAUAAGGCACGAUUUUGAUGCGAAGACAAUGGCAUUCUCCUUUUUAUUUUUAAAUCACCGAUUUGAUCGAUUUCGGAUUUCCCCUCUGCACCACAUCCUGUUGUGGACCGGCUCAGAAUCGAACCUCGACCAAAUACCAAGAACGCAUAAGCAUUCCAUCAACCGAGGGAUAUCCCCCAUGACAAUGCCAACGUCCGUCAAACGUAUGUCUCCGCCCGCCUGGGCUUAUUCGGAGCAACGACCUGGUCUCACAGACCCCUCGGAAUUCUGGAGGGCUAUUGAACCAGAAAUCGAUAAACAGGGGUUCAGAGCGGUGUCAAACGCCAUUUACGUCGUGGGAGGUUACCAGCCUGCCAUGUGGACGGGUGCUUGCGAUCGACCUUCUUCCUCGUGGUACGGAGUACCGUGUACAAACGACAAACGGAUAUACAUACAGAUACGUCCAUACCAGUCCUUAUUUGGUAACCUGUACAGUGUACCUACAUCCCUCGGUCCAAGACACAAAGGUAUACCAGGUUACUCACAACGUCAUUUGUCAACAUCCCUCCUCACUACGAGUAUAGUAGGUAGUACUUACUCCGUAAUUGGUCGUACUUAUCGCUAUGGAGUCUCCAGGAUCCGCCAACCGAAUGAUAGAUCGCAGCGACUACACCCGCCCAAAUCCCAAGGCAGGAUCACACCGACUGGAAUUCCGCGGGAUGCAAGGUACCUGAUUAAACGAUUGCAUCCGCGACGUCUCCAACGCGACCGACCCGGCUGGACGGAAGUUGGGGGACGAAGGAACCGUGACUAUCGAAUUGAUCACGAAGGGGCCACAGGAGUCUAAAUCCUAGUCCGCGAUGAUGUACAGUGCUACGACCACUUUGUCUUAGGUCGGUGGUCCCCGACGUACCUUGGGAUUGGUACCAAUCAGAGACACGGGAAGUAUUUGAGAUAAACCCUGAGCCUGGCCAUCUUGGUAGUAUAUACUAUAUUAAUAUUAAUUCUUCAG